AUGGUUACGCUUUUCGAAUUGCUGCAGCGACAGCAAGAGGGCGCUGUAGCGAGCUUGGACUCGGGAAUACCUGUAUUGGAUACCUUUCUACCUAGAAACAUCGCCAAUGGUGGUAUUUUUGAUAUACAUGCGGUGCCAGGAUGCAGUGAUCAGUUCGAAAUAGUGUGCAACUUUAUUUGCACUCACCUACAAAAGGAUCCCAGAAAGCAAAUUAUUAUCAUAGACACCUUACAUCCAUUUCCAUUCCAUAAAAUACGACAGAACAAAAACUUUGACACAUCUAUGGCAAAGAGAAUCUCGUGGUACAAUGCAGGAACGUUUUCCAAAUUGUAUGCGCUCUUGGAACAGUUAAACCACAGAGAAGACAUUGUACAUAACAGUAUGGUUAUUAUCAACAAUUUUCAGGAAUUGAUUGAUUUUUACAAGAUGGAAAUAUCGUACCUGUAUGAGCAAAUGCUACUAAAGCAUCAAAUUGAGGUUAACAAUGUCUUACUAGCUAAUGAAGAGAAAAUCAGACAAGAAGGCAGUUUUCCAGUGUUACCAAUAAUACCACCAAAUUCAGAUCUACUAAAGGAAAAUCCACAGAAAAAGUUCAACUCUCAUAUUUCCACGAUUUCUAACCUACUUUCAUCCUUUGUACGAAAUUAUUCGCUGAUAUUUUUGUUACUCGGCUACUUGGACACUCAGUAUGAACAACAAGAGAACAAUGCAAGUAAUAGUAGUGUCAGCUCGCAGAGUUUCAUGGAAACUCAAUCGACUACACAGCUGAUGACACAGUCAAUUUCAAUGAAAAAGCCCAGGAAAUUGGUAUUGGCUCCCAAGCCAACCCCACUAGAUAAAUUUAUUAUAUGUAGGUUGAUAUUUUUCAAGUACUUGGAUGCCAAUGGGAUCGAAGUUGGGGUGAAAGUCCAAAACUAUAAAGAGGACAGGGCAGGAGAGGUAAACAUUUCGGCCGAAUAUCUUUCAGAUAACGAACAAAAAGAACUAGACGAACUAGAUGAAGAAAGAGAAAAAGAUCUUGCUAGAGCAACCUACUUACCUUCUUCUCCAGAAUUGAGUGAGAGUCAGGUAGAUCGGUUCCGUAGUUCAAACAAUUUCAAUUUGCAGCCUACUGGUGCCGACAACGAGCAACUGAAUCAACAACGAACUCCUUCAACAACAGAAAAAGGAGUACCUGUAAGUGUCAACGCCAACGACGAUAUGCCAAAUAACUAUUCAGAUCCAGCCAAUUCAUCUCCACUCUCUGAAAUACCAGACUCCCAAGGUGAUGUUAACGAAAGUCAGGUGCUAUAUAACCUGCAUACAAAAUAG